AUGCAAGUAGUGCCUAUGGGAACAAUGGACCAUACCACAACUUCCACCAAGACCACCAACGCGCAAGUUGUGAAGAUGGUGCAAUUAGAAGGUAAAACAAGGUUGCCGCAGCGAAUUCAAGAGGCGGUGGUGGAUAUUGGUGCCUUGAUGAUGUCUGCUCAACAGAGUGGUCCUAAUGGCGAGGUAAUUUUAUUUAGUUUUUUCGAAUUUUAGGUGAUCUGGUGUUGUACUAGAUGGAUUGGUGAACUUCAUCAGAGAAAAUGACUUGAAUGUUCUUAAUUUCUGAUGCUUAAGCUGCGUUAUGCUUUUUCGCAACUUUUAGUUUAGAAUUUGUCGUUUUAGACUACCACGUUGCACCAAGCCAUCAGAUCUACGGCUGGCACCGAGUCUGUCUUGAAUAAUACUGCAUACAGCUUGAAGAGACUUGAAACAGCGGUUGAAAAAGCUUCUCAUCGGUGAGAUAUUUUUUGUUCUUUGUGUAUUACUCGUUUACUUACCAAAUUCUCAUAAAAUUUCACGUUUUUCGACCUUAUACUUGGCGAAAAAUCCCAGUUUUUUGCCAAUUUCUGAAUUCAUUUUAUUCGAAUUACCGAAGUUAAAAGUAUUCGAGUAUAAUCAAAUUUAUUUCUCACCAAAACGAAUGCAUUUGAACUGACAGAGUAUGAUUUCAGGAAUGCGCUGAUCGAGAGAAGGUGA